AUGGCUGGCAGAAUCGCACGUCUUCGUCUUGCUGAGGAGCGCAGAUUAUGGCGGAUGGAUCACCCACAUGGAUUUGUGGCGAAGCCAGAAACUGCUCCAGAUGGUUCUGUCAAUUUGAUGGUGUGGCAUUGUUUUAUCCCUGGAAAACCUGCGAGUGACUGGGAAGGUGGAUAUUAUCCAAUGACAAUUCACUUUAGUGAAAACUAUCCUUUCAUGCCACCCAAGUGCAAGUUUCCUCAAGGUUUCUUUCAUCCAAAUGUCUAUCCAUCUGGGAAAGUAUGUUUGCAGUCUCUCUUUAAUCAGGGCCAUGGGUGGAGUCCUACCAUUACAGUGAAAGAAAUUCUGAUAGCUAUUCCUUAUUUGCUUGAUUGGCCGAGCCCUAAUUAUAAAGCACAAACAGAUAGUUAUAAUAUGUACAUACAGGAUAAUGCUGAGUAUAGGAGACGAGUCAGACAGCAGGCUGAACAGUAUCCAGCUUUUUUCUGACAUUAUUUUGUGAUGAAUUAAGACUAAUCAUGUGACAUUGAUAGUCUUUAUCAACAUGGUGGUCAUGUGUCUAAUUUGGUUCUUAUCUUCUUUAUAAUUGAACAAUUAAUACCG